ACCGUCUGCGGGGCGGGGCCUUGGGGUCGUACAGGAAAAGAUAAAGAAAGCGAGGACAUCGGUAACAAAAACGAGCCAAUACCGCAGAUAACCCGUUUUAAAAACCACUCCAGUGAGAUAAAAGAUGCUUUUUAUAUGCGGCUAGCUCAGUGCUAAAAGGCUAAGUGUGGUGAUGAUGAUGACGGAAACGGACGAACAACAAGAUGCCGAACAUGGCUGCAAUUCGUAAGAAGCUUGUAAUAGUUGGGGAUGGAGCAUGUGGAAAGACGUGUUUACUCAUCGUUUUCAGUAAAGACCAGUUUCCUGAGGUCUACGUACCCACAGUGUUCGAGAACUAUGUUGCUGAUAUUGAGGUGGACGGCAAACAGGUGGAACUAGCUCUAUGGGAUACAGCUGGACAAGAGGACUACGACAGGCUGAGGCCCCUGUCCUACCCAGACACGGAUGUCAUCCUCAUGUGCUUUUCCAUAGACAGUCCUGACAGUUUGGAGAAUAUCCCAGAAAAAUGGACGCCGGAGGUAAAACAUUUCUGUCCAAAUGUUCCAAUAAUUCUGGUGGGUAAUAAAAAAGAUUUACGGAAUGAUGAUCACACUCGACGGGAGCUGCUGAAGAUGAAACAGGAACCAGUUAAACCAGAGGAAGGGCGAGACAUGGCUAAUCGCAUCAAUGCCUUCGGCUACCUUGAGUGUUCAGCUAAAACUAAGGAGGGCGUGAGGGAAGUGUUCGAAAUGGCCACAAGAGCGGCACUCCAAGCCAAAAAACGUGGCAAGAAGAAUCCCUGCACUUUGCUAUAGAGAAUGAGAGAGAAAAAGAAAAGAACGAGGGAGGGAAAGGGGUAACCAAACUAGGCCAAGGAAAAUGAAAGAGCUAUAAAAGUUCGCAAAUAGAGGGAAGAAACGCCCCUAGUGUUAAUUAUGUACUCAGGGGUCAGGGAGGGUCAUUUUCAAUCCAGGCCAAAGGAAACUACAAGAAGAUAGUAGGGACAACUGCACCGGCAAAAAGGGACUUAAACAUUUUUAUGGCCAUCAGUCCUCUUUCAAAUCAAGAUUAGUUGACCUUAAGCCUUCAGACUGAUCACAAGCGUAAGGAUAGUCUGUAUGUAGGGUAAAGACUGACAUGGUUUUACAGUGGCUCACAAUCACUGAUUGCUUUUGGGGUGGGAUUAUAUGCGAUGUAUUCUUUAGCACAUCUUCUUCUUAGAAGAUCAGCACUGUUAGCAAGAACAGAAACAAACGACUUGGUCUAAAAAGAUUCCUUUUUUGGCACCAAGUGCAUUAUUCAGGGUGUAUAAGGCAUUAGUUAGUACCCUACAUCAUGUAUGCGAUAUGUCAAGCAGGGAGUUGUUUUUUUGGAUCACGACAUUGGCCACACAACGUUAUACUCUAAUGAUCCCCUUUAUAAACCUCCCAGGAACCCAGUGCCGUCUUAUGUAAAAGAUUCAUGCAUGUCCUUCAUACUACGAUUUUCUGUUUAUGAUCUUUUUUUCCUACAUUAACAUGCUAAUACUGUUGGUUAACACAAGCGGUUCCUCUGUGCCCUCCUGUCCUGUUGCAAAAUUGGCGGUUUAGUCACUGGUUUAAAAUAGCUGAAAUAGUGGUAGCCUUACAAAUCUUUAUUCUAAUAAGAUUAAAUAUAUCUUAUCCUUUUUUUGCCAUUUGCCUAUAAAAUUCAAAGUAAGAUGCAUUAAGCAAUGAUCAUACUAAUCAGCUUUUUUGUGAGUAUUUUAUGUGCUUGCUCAUGUAUUGUAAUUAAAAAAAGAAAGACUUUGGGUUAAUCGGCCUUUGUGGAGCUCAAAGCAUAACCACAGCUUUGUAUGUUCACUGUCAGACACUGGUCGAUUUUGGCAAUAUAUAUAUAAGUUUUAUAAAAGGUGACAGUAACAUAAUUGUUGUUUAUCUCACUGUAUAAAUGAGAAACUCCUUUUUCUUUUUCUCCUGUACUGUAUGUUUUUCUUUUUUUUUUUUUGUGAAAUUCUACUGGCUUAUACUAUAUCGUUUUUGCGUAUUUUACAAAUUCUAGUAUCUUAGAAUUGAAAGUUUUAAAAGAAAUAAAGAAGGAAAAAAGUAGCCAAAAUGUGAUUUUGAGAGAGCUGUUUAAUGCCAUAUUAUUAAAUGCAAGUAAUUUCUUAGAAGAGGUUCUGCAUUUCAUUGUAAGAAAAGAAAAAGAGCCUUUGAUGCAUCAAUUAUCUUUUGUAUACCAGUGCAUCUUUGGAUUUCCACAGACUCAUUUGAAAUGUAUUGAAAAAAUAAAUUCUUAUAGGGUAA